AUGAACUUUGGUAACAUGACCCUCGGGGGUGCUACGGCGACCUUUGGGGGUCAGUCGAACCCCUUAUGUAAUUACACCAGCUCUCUUGCGAAGAAAUUUGUUUACAAGGAGAUCAAUAAGGUAUACUACCCACUUCGUCGUCACGUUUUCCGAUUGAAGGUUCGUACAGCCGCAGAAAUUCGUUUCAAUGAUGUUGUCAAGGCGUAUAUGAAAGAUAAGAUGACCUUUAAGAAGGGUUGCUACGCAGCAACUAUCACGAAUACUGUGGAGUUGGAUCAUAUGGGAAGCAUUAUUCCUAAAGACGAGUAUGAAGUACGGCGCCUGACGAGCUACAUGACGAGCAAAAAGAUGAGUAAUGACUACAAGAAACACAUGCAAGAGCUAUGGACCCGUGUUCUUUUCGUAUGUGAAUCGACUAACCUCGUCGGUGUAACGGAAAAUGCUACACACCAAAAUUCUCGACCCGGUACAGAUGAGGAGUUUAUGGCGAUUAUUUGGUAUUCCACUUUCGCCAGCACACUUUUUGCCUUUGUCAUCACCCUCCUGGUUUGGUGGUACAGAUAUGGCCAAGCUCCUCAAUAUGCGGAGAUGAAGUAA